AUGACCAUCACUUGCAUGGAUCUGAACGUCUAUAAUGCUGCAGCAAAAGGCAACAUCUCGUAUUUUAAAGAUCAUAGCUUUUUACAGCCACUUGAUCUAGAACCCUUUUUAACACCAAACAAAAACACAGUCCUCCAUAUUUUCAUCACAACACUCAAAAAUCAAAGAGAAUCAACAAAUCAAAAGAACUUCGUGGGAGAUAUACUCAACUUGUGUCCCUCACUUUUAUGUCAAGUCAAUGUCAAAGAUGAAACUCCAUUACAUGUCGCAGCAAGGUUUGGGCAUGCUAAUAUCGUUGAAGUUCUGAUUGAACAUGCAAAAUAUCCACAUCAUCAAGAUCUUGGAAGCGGGGCUAAAGCAGUCAGGAAGAUGCUAAGGAUGGUGAACAAAGAGAAAGACACAGCCUUACAUGAGGCUGUACGUUAUAAUCACCUUGAAGUUACAAAACUUUUAAUCAAGGAAGACCCAGAUUUUUCAUAUACCGUUAAUGAAGCUGGGGAGACUCCACUCUACAUUGCCGCUGAGAGAAACUAUGAAGAAUUGGCAAAGGAAAUUCUGCACAACUGCAAAUCACCCGCUUAUGAUGGCCCAUUAGGUAGAACGGCUUUGCAUGCUGCAAUUCUUUGGGAUAAUAGAGAAAUGACCGAAAAAAUUCUGAAAAAAAUUGGAGGUGCCAUAACUAAAAAAGAAGACCAAGAAGGUUUGACUCCACUACACUUGGCUGCAGACUCAAAUCGCUGGAAGUCUACACAGCUGUUGCUAGCACAUGAUCCACAAGUAGCAUACAUGAAAGACAAAGGCGGGAGGACAGCUCUUCACAUUGCAGCUCAUCGUGGCAAUAAUCGGGUCAUGGAAAGUAUUAUAGGCAUGUGUCCAGAUUGUUGCGAACUGGUUGACAACAAAGGCUGGAAUGCGUUGCACUUUGCGGUGGAGGGCAAUUGGUGUUGA